CCGUGCCUAAGGGGCAACAGGACUUGUCAAAGUGCAUGAGGUCAGCACCCAGAAAAGAUGGGGACAGAGAGUUACACUCAGCAGCUCCAACUAGAAACCAGUGAUGGGGCUGGAACGCUGGCCAGCAUCACCAGUGUGGAGGGGCCAAUGGGACAGAGUGUCGAUACAGGGUGGUACAUGCCUUAUCCAGUCGGAUUCCAGGUGUCACUUACCUGCUUUCUGUUACUGGAGCUGGUUCUGGGCUUUAGCAGUAACUUGACAGUGCUAGUGCUUUACUGCUCCCAGUCCAACCUGGUCGAUUCUGUGAGUAACAUGGUAACGGUCAACCUACACGUCCUUGACAUUGUUGUGUGUGUGCUUUGUCUGCCUUUAACAAUCGUUGUGGUGUUGCUGCCAGCGAGCCGCAACCUGGAACUUAUCUGCUGCUUCCAUGAAGCCUGUGUCACAUUUGCAAGCAUCUCCACAGCCAUUAAUGUGCUAGUCAUCAGUUUGGAUCGCUAUGACAUCUCUGUGCGACCUGCUAACCGGUUCCUCACUCCUCGAUGGGCAGCGCUUCUGUUGGCUGCUGUAUGGGCCGUGUCUCUUGCUGUUUUCUUCAUCCCAUUUAUAGAGGUGGACUUUUUCUCAUCAGAGCCAGAGAAUGGGUUGGCUAGCAGUUCCUUGGCACCAGUUUGGCGUAACAGGACAUUACUAUGUGUGGGAGGACAAGGUUAUUACACAGGCCUCGGAAUGUACUACCACAUCCUACUGCAGGUGCCCAUUUUCUUUGUCACAGUUGUGGUAAUGCUUUUCACCUACUCAAGAAUUCUUCGAGCACUCAACAUUCGUAUUGGAUCACAUAUGAGGAGGAGUCAGCGCCGUAGUGGAGCAACCUGUAGAGGGCGCCAGAGGAGACGGAAGAAAAGGGGAGCUUCAGCGGAUAUUGAAGGAGGAGCCCAAACAACAAACCAGACCAAGCAACUGACACGUCCUCCACUCAUCUCCUCUUCAGUUCCAACGCCUACAGCCACCUCACCUCCACCUCUGUCCCCCACCCCACUGGUUAGUGCCAACACUGCGAUGCCACCUGCUCCAACAGUAGGUGUUCAGGCUUCAGUUUCAGCCAUCAUUGCUCUUCGCAGAGCCGUAAGGCGGCACAGAGAUCGGAGAGAGCGUCAGAGGCGGGUCUUUAGGAUGUCCCUCAUUAUAAUCUGCAGCUUCUUAGGCUGCUGGGCACCUAUAUCUGUGGCAAACAUUCUCAUCCUGACUCUUGGUCCCAGCAGUACUCUUGUUCGAGUGCGGCUUUGGUUCUUGGCCAUGGCAUAUGGCACUACCAUAUCUCAUCCACUGCUGUAUGCCUUCACAAGGCAGAAGCUCCGCCGGGCUCUCAGAGCCAAAGUAAAGAAGCGGGUGGUGUCCUUGUUGCAAGUGGACCCUUCCCCAGGAGGAACUGUCAUCCACAAUUCCUGGGUAGAGCCAAGACAGGGACGUAAGUUUCGUUUAGAAGGCAGCGAUGCUACAGAUCGGUGUCUGACAGAACCACUUUGAAAUCAAGAAAAAAGACUUUUGGUUUGUAUAUUUGU